UGGAGUCAGACAAGUUUUCUUUACCCUGUUUCGUCCAAUACUGUUGUAUGAUGUCUCGUCCUACUCGCCGCAGCGACCCUACCAAUAUCCGCAUAGCAACUCCAUUGUUAAAUAAUAUUACAAAUAACGGGUUGGAGGGGGCCAAAGAAGCUUUCUGCUCCUUGACAAUUUCUGAACGUAGUAUACCGCAGCACUUGGAUGAGCUAUGGCAACAGCUGAGACGAUUAUAUGAGGCUGAAAAUACUCAUAAUGUCAAGCCGUUUCCAUACUGGGCCCUCGAAAAUCUUCCGCCCGACAAGAUCACUGCUUUGAUCAGGAUGGCAUACGUCGAAGACCUCGGGGCCAUCAGUAUGUAUGCAUCUAAAAUGCCGCUAGAUCUCAAUACCGAAGCAUGGAAAUUUGUUCUGUUUUUCAACUAUAUCGGGCAGAGUAGUGCACGAACUUUAAGAAAAAUUUCUAUGCAACGUCCGACCAUCACAUUCGAGCAAUUGUAUCAAGAAGUUCGGCGCAAUCGGCUCAAUCGGCUCAGUGCCCCAAAUGUUUCCAACAGGCGCCCAAAGAAUCCUAGAGCUCAAUUUCACACUUCGGAUUAUGAAGCCUGCUUGCAGGGAAGGAAUGAUGAAGGCGGUAUUGAUGAAGAGAUUGAAGACGAGAGCGAGGGUGAGAUCGAGACUGGAGAUGAAGACAAUGAGAACAUUGGCCAAGACGAGAGUGAGAUCGAGACCGAAGAUGAAGACAACGAGAACAUUGACCAAGAGCCUUAUUUCCAACUCAUCAAUGAAAACAUCAGUAUGGGCCAUCAAGAAGGCGACAGUAUUGAUGGUUACGAUGUUGAGAAUAGCCAUGAUCAGGGAGGUCAUGUGACGGAUCAUCUUGAUGGGAUUAGCACACGAGAUGAAGAGUACACGAUUGUCAGAGAUUAUGCGGAUGAUACAUCCGCAUCUUCUCCUCAGCCAGACUUGCCCACACCAGAGACAAAUUCUCCAAUCGCUAUCCCGGAUGAAUCAGAACCCAGGUCUCCAAGUAUUGAGCCAAAUACUGAGACAGAUGGCCACACAUUGAUGAAUCCUCCACAGGAGGAGGCACGAAGGCAAGAUAUGAAUCAGAGGCCACCUUCAUCCCCGGAUUUAUAUUCUCUCGUUCGCACAUUCGCCAGCGUAGGAAAGGAUAACAUCGACAAACGAAAGCAAAGAGUUCAGGACUCUGAAAAACGAUUUGUAUAUGAGAAACAACAGCUUGACAACGAAGUAGAACGGGUUCGAAAGGCGGACUCGAUUCUGGCCGGUCUUGCUGAGCUAGAAAAGGAAGAUGCAGACAAAACAAAAAAUAUUAAAGAGAUUAAUGACAAUCUUACCAAUAGAAAAGCCGAAUGGGAUAAUUCCCAACCUACUCCAACAUCUAUUGGAGACACAUCUCUCGAAGAGUAUAUGUCUAGAGCAAAGUCAUUCUUUUUGGGCGUGAAAGAAGGAAACACAAAGCGUCAGGCAGAGGAGAGUGGGCUUGUGGAAAUUAAAAAUAAGAGAGCAAAACUGAAGGCUGAGUUCAAAGAGCUCCAGGCUACUGCAGCAAACAGAGAGCCCUCUUUACCGAUACGCUCUCUGGAAUCAUCUUAAGAAGCUUCACCUGGUUUGUUUUGUUUGUUUUAUUAUUAACGUCCACUAAGUAAGCUAGUUACAUAAGUCCUCAUCUGGGCACUAGGACG